GCGGGGCCGCGGCGCGAGUUGCGGUUAGGUCGUUGUUCGGCGGCAGUUGCGCGCGGAGAACUAGUUGUUUUUUUGGUUAACUUUGGUUUUUGCGGAAAAGUAUGAUUUAGUUGUAUGAAAGCUUAGAAGAAAUUCAGCUUAGCAGAUAUGGGGGACUUUCACUCGCCGAUGCGGCUCAUUUCGCCCAGUGCACGGGUUUUAACUCCAAAACCACAGGUCCAGCAGACUCUGGAUGUUCGUCAAACACAGAAGAAGGCAAAGAAUGCCAUAACUUUGUUUAUCAUCAAUAGUACUUUAUUUGGAGUUGUGAUAUUUGAUAUAUUUUAUGGAGGGAUUGCUUACAAACCUUUUUCAUGGAUCGAAUGGUUCUUAGCAACCGUAUUUGGCCUCAAUUCCAUACACCACUUGAUAAAAUAUUCAAUGGCCAUGUUCAGUUUGAGACCUGUUGUUUUAACUUCAAAGCAGAGAAAACUUUUGGGAAUAUCUGAAGAUGAUCCACUUUUUAAAAAUGAGGUUCCUGUGCCUCAAAAACCAGUAGAACCAAGUUCACCGCUCAACUAUUCUUGUAUAAAUUUAAGCAGGCAUUCUAAUACUCUAGGAAAUACUAGUUUGAAUGAUUCGACUUCUAGUCCUUUUUCAAAGUACAACAAUUCUUUGACACGAAGAACAACAAUGAGUCCAAACGUAAGUGUCAACAAAUCAUACAAUAGCUCCAUGAGUGCUAGCUUUACUGGUGAAGACCUUAUCCAAGAUGAAUCUGGAUUGCAAACUUAUCUGAAAGAAGUGAGCCAAAAAGAAAGAAAAUCUGCUCAUUCUACUAAUGUUGAUCAGCCAUCCAAUUUGUUGAGUUCUUUUUGGUCAUAUCCAGCAACUCGCAGUCCUGGAGAAGUGUCAUCAUUGCUAAGAAGGUGUGCUUAUCAAUUGGCACCUACAGUCGAUAAAUCCAAAUCAUCUAGUCCUGGUGUUGAAGAAGGCAGUUCUCCAAGAGCAUUUGGAACACCUGAUGUUUGGAGAAAAUAUCGAAUUGACCCAGCAAAAGUCAAUCAGUGGAUUGCCAAUUUACGCAUGUGGAUUAGCAAGACUGUCGUCGAGAGAGUUGCGUCGGAAAUAGACAAUGUAUGCACAAGUUUAGUCCGUCACGGAUUGAGCGAUUCUCAACCAGGAAACGUUGGUCUGGAUAAACUACGGAAACUUGCGCAAUCCUUUUCAGUAACUGUCAUACCAACUCUUCCAGCUUUAGUUCCUUUUCUUGAACUGUCAAGCAAUCAAGAUUAUCUCGUGAAGAGAAUUAAGGUUCUUGCCAAAGGUGGCUCUAUGAGUGAGUUCAAAUGGAACAGUGGAGGAUCACAUAAUGGAAAAGAAUGGGACUCUAGUCUUCCUACUGAUACAGCGAUUAUCAUGCAUCUGGUAUCAACCUACAUGGAUACACAACUUGAAGCACCCUUAAAUCAACCUGAUGCUAGGCCUUUUACUUCUAUGUAUACAGUAAAAUCAGGUUUCGAAUUGCCUCGCAAUAAAGGACCAAUAAUAGUAUGCCAGUCUACAAAUCCACCGCAUUAUUGUCUCGCUCUUUCUGGAGAUUCAACAGCUCACGACUACGAAGAUGUUCCUCGGGGAAGAAAUAAUUUGUUCCAUACACUGCUACUUUUCCUUUACAUUGUGAAAACUCGAGAUCACGGUAUGCUUGGUCGCGUCAAUCUUGGUAUGUCUGGUGUGAAUGUCUUAUGGGUGAUUGACUAAGCUUAGUGAGUUUUCUUUGGUAAGCUAGUAUUUAUGGAUGUAAGAAGCUUUUUGGGUUUGAAUGAUAAUUUAUUUGAUCACAAUUAUUUAAGUUCAUUUUCGAGAAUUGAGUUAUGGAAACUGAAUGAUGACACUGUUGAGAACAGCUGCGUGAGCAUUCUAUGAAAUAAGUAUUGAAAGUAAAGAAGAGGGUAUUUUUGUAUAAAAUGUAUAUAUUAUUUUUUUUAAAGCAUCAUUUUUGUAAAAAAAAAAAACAUAACCUGGAUCAAAGAUUCUGGUGUCUUCCAGUGACGCACACAUCAUUGUAAUGUAAAAUUCAUUGACUCGAAUUUGUAAAAUGAAUAAAAGACUUACCAAUUUUCUAAGCAGGUUCGAAAAACUCUA